AUGUGUCUCCAGCGUGAUGAAGAUGAUGGCUACUACAUAGAUGAUGCGAGACCAAUGGUGCAACUACCUAUACAGGGUCCGGAGCCAGCGCUAAAUUCAAGUCCGGGUGGUGCUACAAAGCCACCGCCACUCAACUCUUUCGAGCUGGACCGCUGUUUGGACAGAGAGGAGUCUGGGAGGUGGGGAGGCGACGCGCGGCGUCGCAGGCGCACCUCUCCGCCGCGCCGCUCCCCGCCUAGAGACAAUGAACCGUUGGCUCUUGCAAGGGCCUCCGCCCCUCCUUCACCAACGGGAGGUUCCGCCCAAUCAAGUCCAGCUCCAGCUUCGCCCUCGGGUAGCACUAACGCUGGCGCCAGGUCCCCCUUACCGCUGGUCGCUCCAGACUUGCUCGCAAUGCAAUUGCUGGACCAGCACAGCCAGCUACAAGCUCUUAUGAAGCAGCGGCUAUUCCAUCAACACCAUAUGCAGAAACAGCACAUGUCUUCGGAGGCAGCGAAAAGAUUGGAGCAGUCACGACUGCAAGACCAGAUUAACUUGAACUUGCUCUCUCAGUCUCAUCUCCAGCCUCCAGAUACUUCACCUGGUUCUCUGCAGCAACAAUUGGGAGCUCAACAGCAGCAGCUAGUGCAGCAAUUGCAAGCGGUGCAGCGGCAGUAUUUGAUGCAUGCACCGCUCUCCGUUCCGCCUAAUGCACCACCAGGACUAAUGUUAUGGGGCAGUGAAAUCGAAGAACAUCCAUUGUACGGACGUGGAGUAUGUAAAUGGCCUGGAUGUGACGCCCUCGCUGAAGACUUCCAAGCUUUCCUCAAGCAUCUAGAAGCAGCACACACUCUGGAUGACCGUUCUGCUGCGCAAGCUCGGGUUCAAAUGCAGGUGGUGGCACAAUUGGAGCUUCAGCUAAGGCGUGAGAGAGACCGCCUUGCCGCCAUGAUGCGUCACCUCCACGCAGCCAGAGACACAGCCCACCACCAUAAGAUGCCACAUGGAGCCCCCAGUGAAGGUGCUUCACCUGGACCGGUUAGGCGUCGUGUUUCCGAUAAAUCCGGCGUGGCUAUUGCAGGAGAAAUACAACGGAAUCGCGACUUCUACAAGAGCGCGGAUGUGCGGCCGCCGUUCACUUACGCGUCACUCAUUCGACAGGCUAUUAUAGAAUCACCGGACAAGCAGCUGACUUUGAACGAGAUUUACAACUGGUUCCAGACAACCUUCUGCUACUUCAGACGAAACGCGGCAACCUGGAAGAAUGCAGUGCGUCACAACCUUUCGCUGCACAAAUGCUUCAUGCGUGUGGAGAACGUGAAAGGUGCUGUCUGGACUGUUGAUGAAGUGGAAUUCUACAAGAGGCGACCGCAACGGGCCACCCAUGCUCCUCCACCACCGAUGCACCACGCUGGGUACGCUACAGCGUCACCUGGCCUGCUGACCUACACUUAA